AUGAAGUCUUCACUUCUGCUGCUCUCUGGCGCCUCGAUCGCCGCGGCCCUCCCCAAGGUCGACAUCGUUGUCGAGACUGACGUUGUCUACUACACUGUCACCCAAGAAGUCGUCCAGACCGUCCCCGCCGGGAACCAUCUCAAUGCCAACCUCCACCUGGCUCAGACUUCAGUGACGCCAACCACCUCCACCGUCAUCCCAGUGGUUACGGUCACUAUUGACGCCGACCUUGCCCCGGCCCCGGCCACCACCAGCACCAGCUCCAAGGUUGCUACUCCAUCGGCUCCUGCACAAGAUGCUUCUGCUGCUAAGCCCUCCGACCUGGCCAGCACUGCCGUUUAUCACCACAACAUCCACCGCUCAAACAACUCUGCGCCUGCAAUGACUUGGGGUAGCACCUACGCCGGCUAUGCCGCAACUGUUGCUGCGUCUUGCAAGUUUGCGCAUGACCUUACCCCCGGCGGCGGUGGUUACGGUCAAAACAUUGCCAUGUAUGCAUCUACUGAUGCUUCCUCCUUGACAGAGGAGACUGUCAUUGCCCAGGCCAUCACGGAAAUGUGGUACAACGGCGAGCUCGAUCUUUACCCUUCCAGUGCCUACGGUCAGGCCAACCCUGACUUCGCCGACUUCGAGGCAUGGGGUCACUACUCUCAGAUCGUCUGGGUCGGCUCCACACAGGUCGGCUGUGCUGCCCAGUACUGUGCCCCUGGCAAGAUGAACCCUAGCAUGGGUGCUUGGUACAGCGUCUGCAACUACUUCCCUGCCGGAAACGUCAACGGUGCUUAUGGCAAGAACGUGUUGCCGCCCAUCAAGCAGGCCACUGUCAACGUCAAUGUCGCGGCUUAA